GGAGGAGCGGUUUAUAUUAAGGAGCAGCUGCAGCGAGCGGACCUGGGUUUCUCUGCGACGGUCCCGGGACUUGUUUGGUUACCACACGGAGAGAGAGAGAGAGAGCGAGAGAGAGAGGGAAGGAGUCCACCUUAACCGGGAAAUAAACAAACAAUAAACAAACAUGCCUGCUAAACAAGACGACGGCGGAUGGAAGGAGUUUCUGUGGAACUCGGAGAAAGGAGAGCUGCUUGGUCGUACCGGAGGCAGUUGGUUCAAGAUCCUCCUCUUCUACGUCAUCUUCUACGGCUGCCUGGCAGGCAUCUUCAUCGGGACCAUCCAAGCCUUGCUGCUCACACUCAGCAACUACAAGCCCACCUGGCAGGACCGAGUCGCACCCCCAGGCCUUACUCACACCCCACGCUCAGACAAAGCUGAAGUGGCCUUUAACCUCAACGACGUGGAGACCUACGUGCCUUACACCAAGGCCUUGAAGGAAUUCUUAGCCAAGUAUGAUGAUGAAAUCCAGAUGGACCAGAUGAAGUACGAGGACUGUGGAGAUGAGCCAGCAGAUUACAAGAACCGUGGCGACUUGGAGAGCGAUAUGGGCAUCAGGAGGGCCUGCCGGUUCUCCAGGACCCUGCUGGGCCCGUGCUCCGGCAUCGAGGACCGUGAGUUUGGUUACAAGGAAGGAAAGCCGUGCCUGAUCGUGAAGCUCAACAGGAUCGUUAACUUCCGUCCAAGGGCUCCUUCCUCAAAUGAAAGCAUCCCUGAAGAAGUCCAACCCAAAGUGCAGCCCAAUGUAAUCCCCAUCCACUGCACCAACAAGAAAGAGGAGGAUGCCGGUAAAAUUGGCGAGAUCAAGUACUACGGCAUCGGCGGCGGAUUCCCCCUGCAGUACUACCCGUACUAUGGCAAGCUGCUGCACCCCCAGUACCUGCAGCCACUGGUGGCGCUGCAGUUCACCAACCUGACCCUGAACACUGAACUGCGCAUCGAGUGCAAAGUGUAUGGAGACAACAUCAACUACAGUGACAAGGACCGCUACCAGGGACGCUUUGACAUUAAGAUCCAGGUUAACAGUUUAUGACGGACGCCAGGAACAUAGCACUUUCCCCCCUCAACCGCCCCUCCCCCACACUGCCCCCUUUGUUCUUAAUAAAUCUAAAGUAGGAGAUCAUAAUAAUACGAGGGGGCAGACUGUAGCGGUUAAGUCAAUCACAACUAGUCUUGAAUGAAUAAAUGAAAAACAUGCUAGGGGACCGACAUGUAAUCAGUCAUCGCUAGCUUCCACACUUCUGUAGCAUUAGAUUGUAAUUUUAGAGGAAGAAUAGCAAUAGGUCUAUAAAAUCUAUUUAUUCUGCUGUAAAUGAGACUUUUCCACAAGCCAUGGGACAUUGUUCAUUGAUGACUGUAACGCUGAAUCAUCUCUUGAGCCGUGUUCGUCCCCUCUGCUCAUCGCUGCCUCGUGUGGUUACAGUAGGUACUUCUUGUUGCAGAAUCCGGUCCCCAUGUCCCUGUAAACCACAAAACCCCGUUUUUUCCUCUGUGAAGCUUUAGCUGUUCUGUGUGCGUGCGUUAGGGCGUGUCCGACAUGAACACGCACUCCCUCUUACUUAAUGAUUGAAAUCGUUUGACAUGGUACACUCUUCUGAUCUGUGUAAGGAAAAGGCUGCACUCCAGGGAACUUCUUUCCUCUUUUUAUUUGUCUUUUACAUCUGAUCACUUUUUACUUUUUUCUUUUUGUUGCUCUGUUGAAUCAUUUAAAUGUGUGAAGGGGUUUUAUGACUUGGUUUCAUGCCUUUUACUCUUUGAUUUUUGCCUUGAAUGUAGACUUGUGUGUCCAGCCUGUUAGACACUGCCUGCUGCUGUAGAGGCGACGGUGCUAACUCGACUUUUAAUGAAGAUUUUUCUUUUAUUUUUUUGCUGGAUUCAUCACAUCAUGGUGGUGUAACUCUCUGAAUGUUUUAGCCAUUAAAACAUGGUGGAAGAAUUUUAUAUUUAUGCAGUUGUACAUUUUGUUUCUUUGUGGAAUAUUGUAAUGUAUAAAUGCAAAACCAAAGUUGAAGAGAGUCUUUAUCAGAAGCAAUGCAGUACUUUGUUUUUAGGAUCUCAUCAUGUUAAGUGCUAAAGUCAAUGUCUUGCCUUGCAACCUUCUCAAUGGUUAACUCUUGAUUUGUGUCCUGGCCAUGAAUGUAGUGUAGGUGUAAGUGAACAGGUGAGACGCGCCUGACGUUCAUGCAUUUAAAACCAUUUAAAAAGAUACGAGUUCUUACGGAGCUCCAUGGCUUUAGAUUCAAAAGAUGUUGGCUUUAAAAAUCAUCAAAUCUCAUGUUGAUGUUCGACUUGAACUUUUCCAUCAGUUCAUCCACCUUUGUCAUUUAAUCAAUGAUAGAAACAAAUAAAAUCAUAAUGGACCUUU